AUGUUGCACGAUUGGAAAGUUCAAGUGCCUCCUCGAGUGUUUCGACAAUACAACAAUCGAUCUUCAUCUUUGCCGAGGGGACUUCAUCAUAAUUCCGAUUACGAAGAUGGUACGAGACGAGAUUCGAUCGAUUAUUUCGAUCGUCGAACUCAUCAAAAACCACCACAACCACAACAACAGCAGCAGCAGUUCCAACAACAUCAACAACAGUUUGAUUAUAAAGUAUUUAUCUUUCACAUUUUUUGGAGCUAA